GUUUACAGGGUCUAUGCCUACUACUACAUAGUGGAAUCAAGGACAUGGUACCCGAAUUUAUGGCGUGUUGUGAACCUGAUCCACGUGCUUUUGCUUUUGGCCCACUGGUUCGGCUGUUUUUACUACAUGCUCUCGGAAUAUGAAGAUUUUCACGGGGAAUGGGUGUAUCCGAACCCUCGUGGUGCCUUUGGUACCCUAACCCGAAAAUACCUGGCUUCCAUGUACUGGAGCACCUUGACUCUGACGACCAUCGGCGACCUUCCCACUCCGGAAACAAAUCGACAUCGGUUGAUGUACGGCACCACCACAGCCAGGACUAGUAAUUAUGACUCAUCCCUGGCGGACGCCAUGAAUGCGACGAUGAUGAGCGCCAUCCCCGACGAGGCUGUCGAUUUCCUGCUGGUCGGGUCCAGCACCCAAGUGCCAUUCCUGGGUGGCCAGAAGAAGCGUUUGCGACGCUCGCGACUCUUGCAGUUCGCCACCAACUCGGGGUACUUGUUUACAAUCGUCAGCUACAUGAUCGGGGUAUUCAUUUUCGCCACGAUUGUCGGUCAAGUUGGGAAUGUGAUCACGAACAGAAACGCCAACCGGUUGGAGUUCGAACGACUUCUGGACAGCGCAAAACUGUAUAUGAGACACCACAAAGUUCCUAGAGAUAUGCAGAGGAGAGUCCAACGUUGGUAUGAUUAUUCCUGGUCGAGGGGUCGACUUCAAGGCGGGGGUGACAUAAAUACUGCCCUGGGGAUUUUGCCCGACAAACUGAAAACUGAGCUUGCCUUGCAUGUGAACUUGAACACGCUGAAAAAGGUGACGAUAUUCCAAGAAUGCCAGCCCGAGUUUUUGCACGACCUAGUGCUGAAAAUGAAGGCGUACAUUUUCACACCCGGGGAUUUGAUUUGUCGCAAAGGAGAAGUCGCCAGGGAAAUGUUCAUCAUCGCCGACGGCAUCCUGGAGGUCAUUAGUGAAACUGGGAAGGUGUUGACAACCAUGAAAGCAGGGGAUUUCUUUGGAGAAAUCGGCAUCCUAAAUCUGGACGGCUUCAACAAGAGAACAGCUGAUGUGAGAUCAGUUGGUUACUCGGAGCUUUUCAGCCUGUCCAGAGAAGAUGUUUUGUCAGCCAUGAAGGAUUAUCCAGAUGCCAGAGAAAUUCUGCAAACCCUAGGAAAAAAGAGGUUGAUGGAGGCCAAAAAACAAGCAACUCUGUAUCAGGCCAAGGGCCAAAAUUUGCACCCCAAUGCUGAACCAGCUGGUGUGGUGAAGACUCAAGUCCACAGCAAACGAUUUGAAACUGGGAAGGUGUUGACAACCAUGAAAGCAGGGGAUUUCUUUGGAGAAAUCGGCAUCCUAAAUCUGGACGGCUUCAACAAGAGAACAGCUGAUGUGAGAUCAGUUGGUUACUCAGAGCUUUUCAGCCUGUCCAGAGAAGAUGUUUUGUCAGCCAUGAAGGAUUAUCCAGAUGCCAGAGAAAUUCUGCAAACCCUAGGAAAAAAGAGGUUGAUGGAGGCCAAAAAACAAGCAACUCUGUAUCAGGCCAAGGGCCAAAAUUUGCACCCCAAUGCUGAACCAGCUGGUGUGGUGAAGACUCAAGUCCACAGCAAACGAUUGCCUCAAGCAGUGACAGCAGCACUGCUGAAAACAGACAAAAGCGACAGUGACUCCCAACAAACCCCAUUCAAUAGACACAACAUUGUGCAAAGACUUCGCAGCGACGUUCGGGAAUGGAAACAGCAACUCAUGCAACGCAGUCCCAAGACGUGUCGGAAAGACACUUCCGUUCUAGUUUCCAGCGCAGCUGCCAUCAAUGGAGCCAAACUCCGAAUGUUUCCAGCACCCGGUAGUGGAGGAGGAGGAGACUCCGGCGGGGAAACAAGCAGCAAGAUGAUUUCAGCAGCACCCGGUAUCAACAAAGUCGGGGAUUUCAAGAUUGGAUCGAGUUCGGAUGAAAGCGACCCGUUGUUGGUCGCGAGUUCCCAGCAGCAGAGGAAGUUAAACGGGGCGAGAAAGCCUGCUAAUUUCAGGAAAAAUGGCAGC